CUCCGCCAUCUUGCCUCUCCCUGCCUGCCUGCAAGGAGCUAAGUGCGGAAGUGGAAACGGCACUGUGCGGGCUCAUGGUUCCGCCUGUGGACGGCUUGUCAGAUCCUCCCGCCGACGCAGCCUGCUUCCCAUCUAACUGAACAGUUUCUAAUCAGCAGAGAACCGCGGAGAGAUGGCAGGACGGUUACCGGCGUGUGUUGUCGACUGCGGCACAGGUUAUACCAAACUGGGUUAUGCAGGGAACACAGAGCCACAGUUCAUCAUUCCAUCAUGUAUUGCCAUCAAAGAGUCAGCCAAAGUUGGAGACCAGGCCCAGCGGAGAAUGAUGAAGGGGGUGGAUGACUUGGAUUUCUACAUCGGAGAUGAAGCAGUAGACAAGCCCACAUAUUCCACUAAGUGGCCAAUCCGUCAUGGGAUUGUGGAGGACUGGGAUCUCAUGGAGCGCUUCAUGGAGCAGGUCAUCUUCAAGUACUUGAGAGCUGAGCCUGAGGACCACUACUUCCUCCUGACAGAGCCUCCCCUCAACACACCAGAAAACCGAGAGUACACAGCUGAAAUUAUGUUCGAGUCUUUCAAUGUACCAGGGCUGUACAUCGCUGUGCAGGCUGUGCUCGCUCUGGCAGCUUCCUGGACAUCCAGACAGGUGGGAGAGAGGACACUGACAGGCACGGUCAUUGACAGUGGAGACGGUGUCACCCAUGUCAUCCCUGUGGCUGAAGGUUAUGUUAUUGGCAGCUGUAUAAAGCACAUUCCCAUCGCAGGACGGGACAUCACCUACUUUACCCAGCAGCUCCUGAGGGAGAGGGAGGUGGGCAUCCCACCAGAGCAGUCAUUGGAGACAGCCAAGGCAGUAAAGGAGCGGUUCAGCUACGUGUGCCCAGAUCUAGUCAAAGAGUUCAACAAGUACGACACAGACGGCUCCAAGUGGAUCAAGCAGUACACCGGCAUCAAUUCCAUCAGCAAGAAGGAGUUCACCAUUGAUGUCGGCUACGAGCGCUUCCUGGGACCUGAGAUCUUCUUCCAUCCAGAGUUUGCCAACCCUGACUUCACCCAGCCGAUCUCUGAGGUCGUGGAUGAGGUCAUUCAGAAUUGUCCUAUUGAUGUCAGGCGUCCUCUCUAUAAGAACAUAGUUCUGUCAGGAGGCUCUACCAUGUUCAGGGACUUUGGUCGCCGUAUGCAGAGAGACUUAAAAAGGACGGUUGAUGCCCGACUGAAAAUGAGUGAGGAGCUGAGUGGAGGCAAACUCAAGCCCAAACCAAUCGAUGUCCAGGUCAUAACUCAUCAUAUGCAGAGAUAUGCAGUGUGGUUUGGUGGCUCAAUGUUAGCAUCAACUCCCGAGUUCUACCAGGUCUGCCACACCAAAAAGGACUACGAAGAGAUCGGGCCGAGCAUCUGUCGCCACAACCCUGUGUUCGGAGUCAUGUCUUAACUGCAGACCUCCUCAGUCGAACAGAAGAGUGGGAGGGCGGUGGGUUGGAUGGUUUGGUGCGGGGCGGGUUUAAUAUCAGUUUGGUUGGCAUUGGCAUUGGCAUUAAGGUAUGGUGCUUCUGUGCUUUUUGAUUAUCCGAUCAGCUGUGGAUGUGUAGGAUGCAAAAGGAGGAUCUGGAAUAUAAAAAGAAAAAAAAAGAAAAGAGAUCAGACCAAACACAGACUGGCUGGAAAAUGUAUUGUGAAUGUUCCCCCUUUUUUUUUCCUUCUUUCUUUUUUUGUAUUUUCAUUUCAAAAUGAGGGAAAACGGUUUGUAAGGCAAAAUAAUUUUAAGGAGUAUUUCUGGAUCUGCAGCAUGCAGUGAGGAUGAAGAUUAUGCAUAUAAAGAUGGUGUUGGUGGAGGUCGAAGAUGAUGACAGUGACAUUUAUAGUAAUUUCCUGACACCAGAACAUAUUAUUUAUGUUUAUAGAUCACAAGUCCAGGCCAACAUCCCACGACUCUGGAGUUCAGUGACGAGUUUAGAACAUAUUAUUGUCUGCUUUUUAAUUUCUUCAAAUUAUUUCAGCUUCAAAUGCACAUGUCUGUGUAUCACGACAAGAGCUUGUUUAUAUUUCAUACAAAAAAGUGUUUUAUAUGUAAAAUUUGGAGGAAAUCGGGUAAAAAAAAAGAAAAGAGAUGAUGGAUUCCAAUAUGAAGAGACUUUUAACCCAUGAUGCAGCUUUGAUAUGCAGAUUUUUUUUCCACUUUCCCUCAUGUGUCAUUUCUGUCUGCCCUUUUAAUUCUUCAUACAUCUGAAUUCACUUCAGAGAGUGUCAGGUUUCCAUCUGUGAUGCAAUGAAAGAAAAGAAAAACUGGAUUAUGUGAGGUCAUGAAAUGAAAUUGAAAAAACUGUCGGACCAGUAUUGUUAGGCUUUUUUUUUAUUGUUAUUAAAUACCAAAUUAUCAAAAACAAUUGAAUUUGUGUAUUUAAUGCCUUGCAACAUUCCAAUAAAGGCUCAAAUUUGUUUCUAA